GAAAAUGUCCACUCAUUCGGAAGAAAGCCACAACUACAAACCAUACACUACACCCCGUAGGAAAAUAUUAAAUUUCAAAAGCAUGACGAUUUUCAAUACAAGACAUUAAUUUAAUGUAACACCCAUUUUUCGAAAAUAAAAAACAAAUUAUCCUCUGUUCAAUAACAAAAUCGCAACAAAAAUUCACACCUUUCCUUCUCUUCCGUCACUGUUUCUUCGCUUCCACUUCUUCCCAUACCAGAACACGAAAACACCCUUUCAACUACCAAACACUCUCUCAACCUCUCAACAUCCUUCAACUUCAAUCCAUUUCCUUCUCACGUUUUCAAAUAAAUGAAAUGGAGAAUCACAAGAAAACAUCCUCAAAAAACAACAAAGGAUACUAUGUUAAAAUGAAACUCAUGCACAAACAUGGUAGACCUCAACAAGAAAAAAACAACUCUUUCCAUAAAUAUUUCAAAUGGAUUCUUUGGCUUUCUCUUUCUCUCUAUUUUUUCACUUCUUACCUCAUCAGCAACAACAACAACAAUCACCACGAUCACCAACCAACCCACAUCAUAAAAUCACUCUCUCAAUCCUUUUCUACCAACAAAACAACAUCACCACCACAACAAUCUCAUAACACAAAUAUAAAAAAUCUCAAGGUUUUCAUCUACGAACUUCCUCCAAAGUACAACACAAACUGGCUUUCGAACGAACGAUGCAAAACUCAUUUGUUUGCUUCGGAAGUUGCUAUUCACAGAGCUUUAUUAACAAGCGAUGUUCGAACUUUUGACCCAUACGACGCUGACUUUUUCUUCGUACCCGUUUACGUUUCUUGUAACUUCAGCACCGUUAAUGGUUUCCCCGCGAUUGGUCACGCGCGUUCAUUGAUUUCUUCAGCAGUUCAUCUCAUCUCCUCAGAUUACCCUUUCUGGAACCGAAGCAGAGGUUCCGACCAUGUUUUUGUAGCUUCGCAUGAUUUCGGUUCUUGUUUCCAUACCCUGGAGGACGUGGCGAUGAAAGAUGGGGUACCUGAAAUCAUGAAGAAAUCGAUUGUUUUACAAACGUUUGGCGUUACCUAUGAUCAUCCUUGUCAAAAGGUUGAACAUGUUGUGAUACCGCCGUUUGUUUCUCCGGGAAGCAUACGUAACACGAUGAAGAGUUUUCCGGUGAACGGACGGCGAGAUAUUUGGGUUUUCUUCCGGGGAAAAAUGGAGGUUCAUCCAAAGAACGUUAGUGGAAGAUUUUACAGCAAGAAAGUGAGGACAGUUAUAUGGAAAAAGUUCAACGGUGACCGGAGGUUUUUCCUUCAGCGGCGUAGAUUUGCCGGUUACCAGUCAGAGAUUGCUCGCUCGGUAUUUUGUCUCUGUCCUUUGGGGUGGGCCCCAUGGAGUCCAAGGUUAGUUGAGUCUGUUGCUUUAGGUUGUGUGCCGGUUAUUAUAGCGGAUGGUAUUCGGUUACCGUUUCCCUCCGCCGUGAAGUGGUCUGAGAUUUCAGUUAUGGUGGCGGAAAGGGAUGUUUGGAGGCUGGGCGAGAUAUUGGAAAAUGUGGCAGCGAGUAAUCUUAGCUCCAUUCAGAGAAACCUGUGGGACCCACGGACAAGGAAAGCACUGCUUUUUAAUGGUAGGGUCCAGGAAGGGGAUGCCACGUGGCAGGUCCUACAUUCUUUGAGUAAGAAGGUGGAUAGGUCUUAUAGGAGCUCAAGGGUUUCGCGCCAAUUAGAUUUUGACACGUGAUGAGUUUCAAUAUUGAACAUUCACACGUAGAUUUACACACAUUGGAAGAAUAAAUGUAAAUAUAUAAGAAAUAUUAGUGGAGUACAGCUGGAAAUGAUGGGACCCAACGAGGGAGAUUUGAUUUAAGAUUUACUUGGAGAAUUUAAAGGUGACAUGGUAGCUUUGAUUCGAAGUCCGUGCGGUUUGGAAAAGGAACUAUGAACAUGAAUAGUUUGAGAGAAAUCAUCAUGGAAGUACUAGCAUCAAUUUUGCUUGUAAAUAAAUACUAGUACUAUAUGAAUAUAUAAAAUGUGAGAGAGAAUACAUACAUGAUUUUCGAAAUUCUGUUGCGUAUAGUUUGAAACUGGGUAAAGGUUUUUGAGUUGGGUGAAAAAGGUUUGGGGAAAUGAAGAUAUUGGUGUUUGGUGUGUGAAAUGAUUAAUGAGAAUGGACAUGUAUGUGGAAAGUGGGGGUGUGUCAGGAACUUUUUUACAGUAAUUUAUUUUUGAAUAGUAAUGGGGUUGUCAGUGAUCACGGGUACGGUAUGGGGUGUCAAAAUCAAUGCAUGGAAGAAUUGAACUAUGGAACUUUUGGUGUAUGUAUCCUGUGACGGACUGAAACUGUGUUCUCAUCUCUAGUUGAACGACAAUUUUUAAUAGAAAAUUCAAAUUUAAAUU